AUGGAGCAAGAAUUCUUGUAUAUGGAUUCUCUCCUCUCUUAUAUGUUGCAAGGCGACGCGGACUUGUUUUUGACUCGGCAACGACUAUACUCUCUCCGAUACAUCUCCAUGUCACCACCACGAGAUAGUGUCACCUCCUGA